AUGCAAACCAGCAGGGCUCCGGCCAUCAGCGUCAGCGCGGAGAGCUGCAUCCCGGCUGGGCUGCGCUUGGGUCCUGUGCCGGGCACCUUCAAACUGGGCAAGUACCUGUCAGAUCGCAAGGAGCCAGGACCCAAAAAAAAGGUGCGGAUGGUGAGAGGGGAAUUAGUGGAUGAAGCUGGGAGCUCAGCUUUGGAGUGGAUAGGGUUAAUUCGGGCUGCCCGAAACUCCCAAGAGCAGACACUGGAGGCUGUUGCGGAUCUGCCAGGAGGACAGAUUUUCUACCGGGCGCUGAGAGAUGUCCAGCCGGGAGAGGAGCUCACCGUCUGGUACUCCAACCCCCUGGCGCAGUGGUUUGACAUCCCCGUCACGGCCACCCCGACGCACGACGAGAAAGGGGAGGAGCGGUACAUCUGCUGGUACUGCUGGAGGACCUUCAAGUACCCCAACAGCCUCAAGGCCCACGUCCACUUCCACUGCGCGCUGAGCCACGGCCGGCCCUUCCUCCACCACGACCACGGCCGGCCGGCCGCCACCACCUUCGGCCUGCCCCCCAAGGAGCCGCCGGCCGCCUCGCUGCGCGGGCACCCGCCGCCCAGCUGCGGCCCUCGGGAGGCCGUCAAGCGGGAAUCUGCCGCCGCCUCCCCACCGCUCCCCAAACCGGCGCUGCCCAAGCGGGCGACGGGCAAGGAGGAGCAGGAGCGCGCCCUGGACAUGAGCGUGGGGGCCGCCCGCGGGCCGGGGCCGCUGCUGGGGCCGGCGGGCGGCAACGGGCUGGCGCUGUGCCCCGGGGCACGCUCGGCCUUCCGCCCCGCCGGGUCGCUGCGGGAGGAGGCGCGGGGCGCCGCCGCCCUCGGCUUCUCCAAACUGCUGGGGGGACUGAAGGCGGGACGCGCCGCCGCCGAGGCACCGCCCAAGUGCGGGGCGCUGCCGGGCGAGGCCGCCCCGCAGGCAGCGGCAGCGGCAGCGGCGGGCCUGGCUUGCGGCGGUGGGCUGCGCGCCUUCCCGCUGCUGUCGCCGCUGGAGGAAGCCUCAGCCUUCCGGCAGGUGGAGCGGGGGCUGCCCGCGGCCGCGCUGCCGCCCGCCCGCUACCCGCCGCUGUCCGGCGGAGCGCUGGAGCGCUUCGCGCUGCCGCCCUUCGAGGGGCUGAAGGCGUACGCGGGAGAGUGCGGGCUGCCCGUGAUGCCGCUCACCGUCUACAACGGGGAGCUGCUCUACGGAGCCGCGCCCUACUACCCGCUGAAGCUGCACCUCGGCGGCCUCCUCAAGUACCCCGAGUCGGUGUCGUACUUUGCGGGGCCGGCAGCGGGGCUGCACGCUGCCGAGUUGGGUUCGCUGGCCAGCAUCGACCGGGAGAUCGCCAUGCACACGCAGCAGCUCUCCGAGCUGGCGGCCGAGAAGGGCCGCGGGAGGCUGGAGGCGCUGCCGGCGGGGGCAGCGGGGGCGGCUGGAGGGAAGCCCAAGACCGGGCACUUGUGCCUCUACUGCGGGAAGCUGUACUCCCGAAAGUACGGGCUGAAGAUCCACAUGCGGACUCACACCGGCUACAAGCCGCUCAAGUGCAAGGUCUGCCUGCGGCCCUUCGGGGACCCCAGCAAUCUCAACAAACACAUCCGCCUGCACGCCGAGGGCAACACACCCUACCGCUGCGAGUACUGCGGGAAGGUGCUGGUGCGACGCCGCGACCUGGAGCGGCACGUCAAGUCCCGGCACCCGGGGCAGAGCCUCGGCAAGGCGGCCGAGGACAAGAGUGACUCUGGCUACGCGCAACCCGAGCAGGAGCAAAAGACUGACAACGAGAGCGACGUGGACGUCUGCUUCACCGACGACCAGAGCGACCCGGAGAGCGGCAGCCGGCACCGCGAGCAGUGA